UUUAACGGUCGGUUUGGCAGUGAAAGUGGCAGCUUCGUUGUUUCCCAUUGUUGCACAGCACGGAGGAACGUUGUUCAGUGCGCUAUGUGAAAUGUGAAUGCAUCAAAUAAAAAGUGGUAACAUUCUAUUGAUAAUGUGUAAGCAACUAGCAAAGUGACAGCUCAAUUGCAACAAAAUAUAUAUGUAAAACAUAUAAGCAACGUUAACGUUAAAGAAAGCAUUUUCAACGGCGUCAUACAGUCUUCAAGCAGCUGCGCACUUCCGGCAACAACAGCUGGAUGCACACCAACAAGCAGAGCCAAGCAAUUAGCUGAAAAGGCAAUACAAAAACAAUUUCAAAUUCAAUUCCGUGGAUUGUAAUCAGUGUAAAGUGAAAGACUGUGGCCAAAUGGACGCCAUCCAAACAAACAAUAAUUAAAAGCCGGAAAUUGAGUUUGUAAACUAAAGCGAUCGAAAGCAAAACUCAUCAACAACAACAACAUCAACAAAAAACAACAAAAAUGUGCAAAUCCAAAAAGUGUAAAUCAAAAGCAAAUUUCAGUGAAUACAAACAACGCUAAGCGUGAACCAUAUUCAGACUUGAUUUCAUCUGGCCGCUUAUUAGACACAACUCUUCGAGUGGCGGCAAUUUAAAUCGUCAGCCGAUUUGGCCGAUGAGCAACUACGCCAAACAUUCAAAGCAGCAAUCUGAGAGCACAGCAGUGCACAUUAAUAAUUUGCAUAUUCUCCAAUUGGCAACUGUAAACAGUCUCUGUGCGCGGCCCCAACAGACGGCGAAGCGUGUGAAGUUGAAGUGUUUAUUGAAUGUGCCGCGAAUGUUGCCUGUCUGCGAGUGAGAGAUAUUGUUCGACCCCGAUCAUGUUGUUGGUGCCGCAAUCGCCCAGCGGCUUGUCAGCCAACUUUUGCAAAAUGACAGAGCACCCAGCAGUGCCAGCAAUCAUAGGACAUGGACUUAGACAGUCGCGAAAGCGACGCCAGACCCGCUACAGCAACCAGGCGACAGGCGGUUGGAUCUUCCUUGCUUUUCUGAUGCUCGUGUUCUCGACAAUGGAGUUGGUUGAGUGCGCGCUGCGCAAUGUCAAUUUAAUCAUUGAACCUCCGGCAGUGCGACAGGGUCAACAUGUGGUGCUGCGUUGCAUGUAUGAUCUGGAUGGGGCACCGCUUUAUUCGGCCAAGUUCUAUCGUGGUCAAUUGGAGUUUUACCGUUAUACACCCGGCGAGUUUCCCAACACAAAAGUGUUUCCUUUUCCCGGCAUACACGUUGAUGUAACCAACUCAAAUGCAACCCAAGUACUCAUACGCAAUGUUGGUUUUGGUCUUUCCGGCAACUUUUCAUGUGAGGUGACCGCCGAUGCGCCACUUUUCUCCACGGCAACGGCUUUGGGAAUAAUGCAGGUUGUAGAACUUCCCGACAAACGGCCCACACUUUAUACGGAGCACACUCGCUAUGAGCCGGGCGAUGUCCUGCGGGCCAAUUGCAGCACGCCGCCAUCUCGUCCACGAGUCGAGCUCAAGUUUACCAUCAAUAACAUGGUGAUCACAAAUGCCGAGACCCAGUUUAUUCGCACAAUUGAUAAUCUGAUAGCCUCACGCAUCUCACUGAAACUGCAGCUUCAGGGCGUCCACUUCUCCAGUGUCAAUCCGGCCAUUUAUAACAACGGAUACGGCUUGAAUUCGGUAUAUGGCCACGGCGGACCUAUGUAUGCGCCUAAUCCGGGCGGUUUGGUACUGCGCUGCACUGCACAGAUUGGCGACCUGUACCAGGAGUAUAAGGAGGUCGAAUUGGGCACACCGCAAAAAGAUCCGGUGCCGGCACGUGUUACGCUCUCAUCCGGUUCGAGCAUGAAAAACUUCUUUAGCACGUAUUUCUCCACAUCGGCGGCAUCCCGACGCGUCGGCGGCGUCCACUUGGCGCCCAUCACAAUGGCGCUGGCAGCCCUGCUUGUCAGUAGCGGCGCCCUGUUCAGCCAUAUUGUCCGCGAGCUCGUUACGCAGCUCGUUCCCAUUGAAGCCCGCCCAGCUAUCGCUUCUAUUGCGCAUUCCAAGUCCACUAAGAGUCGUCUGUCCACGCUGUUCUGCCUCCAAGGCGCCAAUGCAGCGGCUGGCAAGGCCAGCUCGGAGAUAGUAAGCUUGGGUGCGAGCUGUGGGCAGCAGCAAAAACAGCAGUGGCAGUUGGAGGAGCUCUCUGUAUGUGUUACAAAUUAGUUUAAUUGUUAAGUAAUUAAGUUUAAACAUAUUUUGUAUGCAAAUUACAUUAACUAAGUGCGUAUGUGUAGUCAACCAUCAUUUGAUCAUCGUUUAAUUACUGCUUUGAUUAUUUUUUACAAUUUUUGUUUUUUUUUAUUGUAUUGGUUUGUAAUCUUUAUUUGAUAGCUAUUAAUGAACUCUACAUUUUCAAUGUGGUGUCUAAACUAGCGAGCUAAAAAACCAAAGUAAUUUUAAGCAACGAUUUGAAUUUAGCAAAGUAAACACAGAGUAUAUCGGAGAAACCCAGAAGCCAGAUAAAUCCAUGCAUCCAUUAAAUAAAUGUUUACAACCAAAAUUAAUGUAAAAUUAAAACUACUUAAUAAAUGUGAAAAAAAAACUACUAAAAAACAAAAGGUAUGUGUUGAAAAUAAUAUAAUUACAAACGGAAAUACAAAAAGAAAAACUGUGUAAAAUAUAUUUAACAAAUGCAUUAAUUGACUAUUAAUGAAGUCUACUCGUAAAAUGAUCGCCUUGUGAGGGCAUAAUGUAAAUGGUGGUGAAAUUGAAUAAAAAUAAAAAACAGUGUUAAUUUUAAAAAUAC